AUCAAGGGAGAUCUGUGAAUUCCCUCUUGUUCAUUGUGUUCAGGAAGUUAGGUAUGGUAUAGUCAAGGGAGCACUUUGGGCAAAUCUAUUGCUUAGCUUCCACAAUUCAGACUUGCUCACACCAUUUCUCUUCACGACAUUCACAUCCCUCCACAUUUUCCUUGUCUUGUUCUUACAAGAGUGCAGCAGUUGCCAUAGAAAUGUUCAGAUAAAGUAUAUUUCGUAAUUCAAAUAGUACAUUGAAUAAUUUCCGAGGCAUGGUUCACAGCAGUUAGAACUCUGAUGGUCCUUUUUCAAAAUCAUUUGCUGCAGAUAGUAAAUACUAUCCAGAAGGGAAGAAGAAAAAAUGAGAAAGGAGUGAGGAGAGGGAGAGGGAAAGGAAGAGGAAGGAGUGGAAAAGGGAGAGGGAGAGGGAAAGGGUGGGUGAAGAGAGAGAAUGUAAAGUCAGAAAUACAUACAGUUCAGCUUUGAUUCCACACAUGAAGCCAAAUUGAUGAGCUCAUGGUAUAGGUAUAGUAAUGAAGUUGCCAAAAAGCACCCUUGUUUUUUCUUCUCUUUCAUCUUCUCAGUGCCUAGAUGCUUCAGUGUUAAGUUCCUUAAAUCCCACAUCUUGGGCAGAAUUAUGCUCUAAAAUGUUCAUGUUUCCCUUCUCAUCCUGCUCUUUAUUCAAUAGAUGUCUCAGUUUUGCGUUACUUUCCAUUAUAGCAAGAGAAAAGAACCACUGAUAUCCAUCAGCCUGGAGACUUAUCUGACAAGUAGGUUCUGCAUGAAGAUAAUCAUUGGUAUUCAGAGUCAACCCAUCUUAACUGCCCAUUCAGAGCACACCACGUUUCUGUGUAACAAUAUCUUUUAUUCCUGGAUAGUCCAAUUAAUGAAAAAAAUGGACACAGAAAAUAAGAGCAGAGCAGAUCUUGCUCUCCCAAACCCACAAGAAUCCCCCAGCGCACCUGACAUUGAACUCUUGGAAGCGUCCCCUCCUGCAAAAGCUCUACCAGAGAAGCCAGCCUCACCCCCACCACAGCAGACAUGGCAGUCAUUUUUGAAGAAAGAGUUGGAGUUCCUGGGCGUAACCCAAGUUCUGGUUGGUUUGAUAUGCCUUUGUUUUGGAACAGUUGUCUGCUCCACACUCCAGACUUCAGACUUUGACGACGAAGUGCUUUUAUUAUAUAGAGCAGGCUACCCAUUCUGGGGUGCAGUGCUGGUGAGAGGCAGCCUGGGAGCAAACAUUGUCAGCAGCAUCGCUGCAGGCUUGGGGAUCGCCAUAUUGAUUCUCAAUCUGAGCAACAACUCCGCUUAUAUGAACUACUGCAAGGAUAUAACCGAAGACGAUGGUUGCUUCGUGACUUCUUUCAUCACAGAACUGGUGUUGAUGUUGCUGUUUCUCACCAUCCUGGCCUUUUGCAGUGCCGUGCUGCUCAUUAUCUAUAGGAUUGGACAAGAAUUUGAGCGUAGUAAGGUCCCCGAUGACCGUCUCUAUGAAGAAUUACAUGUGUAUUCACCAAUUUACAGUGCGUUGGAAGACACAAGGGAAGCGUCCGCACCAGUGGUUUCAUAAGAAUCAAGGGGCCAGGACAAUCUGAUUCCAGUAUAGUCUUGAGAGUCGAUCUUUUUGCAACAUUAUGGCAACAUUUCUGUUUCCUCCGCACUCUAUCAACUUUUCAAUUGGAUUGUUCUGUAGAUACCCCUGUUUCAGUUAUGAUGCCUCUGGUCUUUAAUUAUCUCCCUUUUUGUGGAUAUCGUUCAAUCCAGUUUUCUUGUUUUGUGUCACAGUCUCACAUACAACCUUUCUGGAAAGUCAUCAAAAACAAGCUAGCUUUUAUUGCAUGUCUACUUUCAUGAACAAAAGGAAGGAGGAGUUAUUUUGAGAGUUUAACUAAACUUAGAUAAUCAGGUAAUAUUUGACUCUUAGUUCAUUUUAGAAUUCUCAACAAUACUUGUGCAUGAUAUAUGCCCACCAUAUCAAGCCUUCUAUAUAUAUUUAAUAUGGUAUUUACUUUUCUAUGUAGAUAGAUUUUCCACCCUCAAUAAUAAUGGGUUUUUCAGAGACAUAAAGCUUUAUGAAAAGACACAUAUUAUCUAAUUCAUGGGUAUAUUCACUAAUACAGUUGUUGCUCAGUGGUGUUUACUACUUGGUGGGUAGUAGGUAAUAGAGAACAUUAUUAAAUCAUUCAGUGUAGUGAGAUGCAUAGGUAAAAUCAGGGACACUGUGAGUGUGUAUAUCUUUUGGUAAGACAUGUGUGAAAAUGAAGAAUAAACUGAUGAAGACUUGAGCUGGAAAGUAGUCAAUGGGAAUGACAAGAAAUGAUUGUGUAUAACACUUGUAGAUAAAUAACUACCAACAAUUGGUAGAGAUUGCCAUGUAUGCCUAAAAUCUCCCAGCCCAAGGCCAGCCUCUGUUACACAGUGAGUUAGAGGCCAGUCUGGGCUACACAAGAUCAUACAUCAAAGGACGAAAGAAGAUGUUGGUUCAAACUGUUAACACAGUAAGGGAUAUUUAAACAAACAGAAGUUUGACUGAUAUAUUGAGUGCUUGAGUUUUUAAUAAAACUGAAUGAAUAACAUUGCGGGGGAGGGGAGCAGUGAUGCAGAAGUCUGGAUGAUGGAGGAGUAGCAGAAUCAGAUGAAACAUUGAAACGUAUUUCCAGACUUUUGUUCUGAGAUGGUUAUAAGAGCAAUCACCAUUAAAUGAAGAAGGUCAAGACACCAAAAGAAUUAUUUUGAGAUAGAAUUAAGACAGUCAAAAUCCACAUGCCUAUACUUAGAAGGUGAAGUAAGGAUCAAAAGUAGAAAGCCUAACGAUUAGUUGGAAAAGCAUAUUACGUUAGGCAGCAGAUGUCUAUAGUGGAGAAAAGUUAAACAAGGAGAAAUAAUGAACCACCAGAGACUCUACAUGUUGGUUUGGGAAAUAAGAGAAAAUAGCAAUUCUAAAUGAAUGCAAACUCUGAAGAAGCAUUUCCCAAAGGGUGUGGGCAGAGGACCAGAACAUUUGCAAAUGUACCUAGAGAGCAAACCUGAAUAGGAGGUAAAAUGGGGGAAAAGCAGCUAAGAAAAUGAUUUUGUUGCUGUUAUUUAGAUUUUAAAAGAAACAAAAAGAGUCAUUAAAAAUCUGUUUGCUGGGAUCAGUUAUUGUGUUCUCUGUGUAUGUCCAAAGUACAGGUAACUUUUCUAAAUCUUCCUGUAAGGCUCACCUCAUAUGUCUCUUCACAUAGCCACACCCUUGAUUCACAGUUACUCUACCACAGUAGUAAACUGUGCUUGUGGUCUCCUUAUGUAUCUUCCACUAGUGUUUAUAAAAUAAAUCAGAAUUAUUUAACUUGAUUUUUGUACUAGCAAGUGAAGUUGAAAGAAUACGAGGGAAGUUAUGAGGAAGAAAAUCGAUGGUAGAUGUGAUCACAUUUAUUUGCGAGGUUCUCAGAAAUAAAGAAAGCUCAUUUUUCAAAAGAACCAUGUACAUUAAAACAAUUAAUUAAAUGGUGCCAAGGCCAAAGAACAAUUUCUGGAGUCUUCUUCCCCAGCCCUUUCCCAGUAGAACUGUAUGUAAAUAACUUUGGAGGCAAAAACAGGACCUUGAACUACCUAUUACCUCUCUUUUGUAAAUAAAUUGGGUAAGCAGGA